GAUACGUUGUUGAUCGAAGAAAAUGAAUCAAAUAAUCAAGAAACUGAUUUGAACGACAAUAAAAAACAAGAAUCUCCAAUACCUUCAUCUUUUGACAUUGAAAAACCAUUUUCCGAUGAAAAGAUUUCAACUAAUUCAGAUUCACAAUUGGAAUUUGAAAAUUUUGAAUGCAAUAUUCCUGCCGAACCAAUGUCCGAUUCAGAUGAAAUCAAAGAUGAAAACAUUCAAACUGUGAUAAAGAACUUUAAUGUAUUAUCUUCAGCACCUCUUCCCGAAAAAAUCGACAUACAAAUAUGUGAUGAGCAACCCGAUUUACCUGAAAUGGAAGAAAAUGAUGUUGAGCAAACGAUUACAGUAGAAUCGCCAUCGGAUCAACAAAAUGAUGACCAAUUACGAAUAUCAAAUGAGGAUUUCAUUAUGAAUUGCAACCAAGAAGAGGAAAAUGAUUGGUGUGAUGAAAAUAUUGACAUACAAAAUGAAAUGAAAAUCGAUGAUGAUGUUGAUGAAGUUAUCAAUGAAGAUUUGCAAUCAAAUAUGAUUGAAAAUCAUAUUGAAAAUAACGAUGUAAAAUCCAUUAAUUUAAGUGAUGUAGAAACAAACAUUGUUGAUAGUUCAAUUGAUAAUCAAUUUGACAGUUCGACAGUACAGCUAGAAUCAAUACAAACAUCAUUUAAUGAACCAGAAAAAAUAGAUUCGGCUGUAUUAAUUUUGCCCCAUUCGACUGAAACUGCCAUGCAUAAAAUUGUUAAAAAGUCUGAUCCAAUAUUUGAUGAUAAGCAAGAUGGUUGGAAUGAAUCCCCUGAGCAUAAAAUUGUUAAAAAGUCUGAUCCAAUAUUUGAUGAUGAGCAAGAUGGUUGGACUGAAUCCCCUCAGCAUAAAAUCGUUAAAAAGUGUGAUCCAAUAUUUGAAGAUGAACAAGAUGGUUGGGAUGAUUGGGAAGAAGAAAUCGAGAAACCUCAAUUCGAUCAUAAUAAAUCCUUAAAAUCAGAAGAAAAAAUGAAAACUUCCAGCAUAGAAUUCGAAUCUGUUUCAAACGUAGAACAAGAAAACUCAGAAAAUCUUGAAGUUAUCGAAAAAUCCAAGUUAAAUUCUAUCGUAAAGAAUAAAGAAUCCAUAACAACAAAAGCUAAAUCAGAAAAAUCUCAACCUAAAUUCAAAGAAAUAACAGAUAAUAAUGAUGAUUGGAAUGAUUGGACAGAAAAAGAUUCUAAGAUUGUUGAAACAAAACCAUUGUUGAAAACAGAUUCAAAAAUCAAUCGUUUAUUGUCGAAAAACAAACCAAAAUUCAAUAUUGUUGAUCGUUUUGAUUCUGAUUCUAAAGAGCAACAAAACAAAGCGAAACCUAAAUUUGCCAAAAUUGUUGAUGAUGAUAAUGAUUGGAAUGAACAAGAUUGGACCGAAUCAUUAUCCAAUACGAAAAAAACAUCAAUAACAACAAAAUCUGUAACUAAUAAAUCUUCUCAACAUUCAUCAAUGGCAACAGCUAUGAUGGCACCUGCAUCAAUUUCCUCCAAACAAUAUCAACAAUUAUAUAAUCAAGUGCAAUCAUCAAAUUCUCAUUAUUCGAAUAAUUCUUCUCAACAAUCGCUUCCAUCAACAUCAUCGGGUGGUGAUUUUAGAUCAGCUCUUAAAACAGCUGCUGUUUCAACAAUGUCACAUGCUGUUAGAAAUUGGUCAUUUAAUCCGGUUUCUAUUUUUGAUUCUGUUGUGGAUAAUCUAAGUAAUGUGGUUGGAGUGCCAUCGGCUGAAGAAAUGGCCACCAUGAUGAGAAAACAAAACCAACAGCAGCCUAAAAAGAACUGAUUUUUAUUAAUGAUUCCGUCCUGAAUAUCGAUGAAAAUUUUGUUUUUUUAUUCUUGUUAAUUUAAUUUUUAAUGUUAUCAGAUUUUUGUUUUAAUUAUUUA